AUUAUUGGACUAUUUUGCCUGCUGGAAUUACUACUCUAUGGAUUUAUGAUACUUGUUCCUGAGCCUCACUGGGAUCUUAGGUGGAGAUUGGCUGUGGAAUAUCAGCUCUCCGCUACAUUGGUUGGCAGCGCUGGGAUCCAGACUCACAGAGGAACAAGGAUUAAUGGAGAUUGAUUACUCCACUUUAAAACGAUCCACACUUAAAGAUCUUCUGGAAGCAAGAGGUAUUUCAGCCAGCAACAAAACAAAGGCAACACUUAUCUCUGAAAUAAUGGCAGAAAUCCGAGCAGAGGAUGAUUCGGUCACUGCACAGAGGGAUGAGAGAGACGGAACAGAGCAAGCAGAGUUCCAAAGGCAGCUCUUAUUCAGAUUGUCAUUUUAUGGGGAGAACCCACCAGUGGAAAUUAUCUCCAAGACAAUGACAGAGGUUCAAGAAUUUAUAACGCGGCAAAGGAGACCACAAACACCAAGCCCAGCAGUGUCUAUGGUGCAAGAGGACGCUUCUAUGUUUGGAUUGGGGGCAGUGCUGAGCCAAGUUGGGGCCGAUGGCGGAGAACACCCCGUGGCUUACAUCAGUCGCAAACUGUUACCCAGAGAAGUAAGCUACGCCGCCAUCGAGAAGGAAUGCCUGGCUGUGGUGUGGGCCCUAAAGAAGUUACAGCCGUAUUUAUAUGGACAGGCUUUUUCCCUGCUCACAGAUCACAACCCGUUAGUAUGGCUGAACCGGGUGGCUGGGGACAAUGCCAGGCUGCUGCGCUGGAGUUUGGCGCUGCAGCCUUUUGACUUUAAUAUUCAGUACCGCCCGGGCAAACAAAAUGGAAACGCUGACGGGUUGUCGAGACAAACUGAUUUGGAGAAAUGAUCCGUGAGCACCCCGGACAUCCCCAAGCCGAUCCGUGCUGGAUCAGACUGUGCAUGCCGGCUUGUGGGCAAGGGGGAGCAGUGUAGCGGAUUGUAUUUAGCCUGGCCUGUUUGGAUCAUGUAGGACGACAUUCGGUUGAUUGUAUGGCUAUGUAUUGUAAACUGUAAUGUUUACCGUGUUGGAUGCAUUGCUUUUCUGUGCC